CUCCACUCAAACCGGAUAAAACACUUCGUUUUCGGGGGUUUCAUCUUGCGACGAAACAACCACAGAAACGGCAAACUCGUAAUCUACCCGGACGAACUGCACGUUAUUCGCAUCCGCUCCGACUAAGUCAUGGAAAUAAGUUGACAAAGCCGACGCGGGUCGGUCCGCCACCACCACAGUCAUUAGUCGCGUUAGCUCGCUAGCACUGGCGUGCAUCGCCGAGCUUGAGCUACCGCGGUUAGCCCGUUAGCGUUAGCCUCGCUUAGCUUAGCAUCCGAGGUUAUGCUAUUGCGGUUUGCCCGUCAGCGUUAGCCUCGCUUAGCUUAGCAUCCGAUCUUAAGCUACUGUGGUUAGCCCACUAGCGUUAAUUUAGUUUAGCUUAGCAUGGCUACGUGCUAAUCCCGGUCCCGUGCGGAGCGGGGUGGCGCGUCAGACGUCAGGAUCAGUCAACAUCGGGGCUUUAUGAUGGAGCGCUGCCUACCACGGUUGACUCUCGGGGAGACCGGGCGGCGGAGUGGGGAGACGACCGCAGUAGGGAGCGCUCCUUCCUAAAGCCUCCCAUCAUUACGACAUGUCAGAUCAGAACCCCCGAUGCUAAGCUACACUGUUAUCGUCGUUCUGAUUGAAGGCAGACUUAUUAAUUUGCUGUAGCUCUGUCCUGCCCUCCCUGAAGUGCUUUUGUGUGAGGGGCCUUUUUGAACUUUUUGAAUCACUUUUUAAUGACUUUUUAACCAUUGACAUCGUCUGUGUGUUUCACCCUGAAGUUCUGAGCAUGUUGUUAGGUUCCAGGUGAAUCCUCCUCUCUCGAUCCCGGAUCCCAAGUGCAUGAAGCCCCCUGGAGGUUGACGAGUCACAGUGUCCCCCGCUCCUCCCCGCCAAGCACCAUGUCCUCCACCUCCUCCUCGUGCUCCUCCUCGGGGGAAACCAGUCCAGAGGAUGCUCCGCGAGGUGGGGGCACCAUCAGGGUCUUCCUGCCCAACAAACAGAGGACUGUGGUCACCGUCCGGCCCGGUCAGACGGUGUACGACAGCCUGGACAAAGCCCUGAGGAUGAGGGGUCUGACGCAGGACUGCUGCGCUGUGUUCCGCCUCCUGGAAGGGCGGAAGAGGCUGACGGAGUGGGACACGGACAUCACUCCCCUGGUCGGAGAGGAGCUGCUGGUGGAGGUGCUUGACGACGUGCCCCUCACCAUGCACAACUUCGUCCGCAAGACCUUCUUCAAGUUGGCCUACUGUGACUUCUGCCACAAGUUCCUCUUCAACGGCUUCAGGUGCCAGACCUGUGGCUACAAGUUCCACCAGCACUGCAGCAGCAAGGUGCCCACGGUGUGCCUGGACAUGGACACCAUCACCAAGAGGUUUCCGACUAAUGCCUGUUCAGACGAAUACCCACAGAUAUCCAUACUGCCAGAUAGCUCCAUAUCACAGGGCGACCUAGCCUUAACCCCAGACCCAGCUGGGAUGGACCUGCUGUCCCCCACCUCGGCCUUCCCCUUCCCCACGCCGGGGGUCGAGGGACAGUCACUCCAGCGCCACCGCUCCACCUCCACGCCCAACGUCCAUAUUAUCAGCACCGUGGGCCCCGCCGGGGUCAGCAUCAUAGAGGGAGCACUGAAGUCCUUCAACACAUCAGGCCCGGAACCCUCGCCGAAACCCUCCACGAGCCCCCCCUCGUCGCUGGGCUCUCCCGGCAGGAGGCCCCCCAAGUCCCCCUCGGAACACAAGGAGCGCAAGCCCUCCUCCUCCGACGGCACGAAGAAAGUGGCUGUAGUGCAAACGAAAGAAAGUCUUGCUGUGACACGUCGGGGAAGAGGAGGGUGUUCCGCAGAGUUUGGUUGCAAGUGUUUUGUACCUCGUCCCCAGCACCGCGGGGGGUACAGAGACUCCACCUACUACUGGGAGGUGCACUCCAGGGAGGUGACCAUGCUGAAGAGGAUCGGCUCCGGCUCCUUCGGGACCGUGUUCCGGGGCAAGUGGCACGGCGACGUGGCCGUCAAGAUCCUCAAGGUCACGGAGCCCACCCCAGAGCAGCUGCAGGCCUUCAAGAACGAGAUGCAGGUCCUCAGGAAGACCCGCCACGUCAACAUCCUGCUCUUCAUGGGCUACAUGACCAAGCCCAACUUCGCCAUCAUCACCCAGUGGUGCGAGGGCAGCAGCCUGUACCGCCACCUGCACGUCACCGACGCCAAGUUCGGCACCAUGCGCCGCAUCGACGUGGCCCGGCAGACGGCGCAGGGCAUGGACUAUCUCCACGCGAAGAAUAUAAUCCACCGAGACCUCAAAUCAAACAACAUCUUCAUCCACGAGGGCUGGACGGUGAAGAUAGGGGACUUCGGCCUGGCCACGGUCAAGUCUCGGUGGAGCGGGUCGAUGCAGGUGGAGCAGCCCAGCGGGUCGAUCCUCUGGAUGGCUCCUGAGGUGAUCCGCAUGCAGGACAGCAACCCGUACACGUUCCAGUCCGACGUCUACGGCUACGGCGUGGUUCUGUUUGAGCUGAUGUCUGGAACCCUGCCUUACUCCAACAUCAACAACAGAGACCAGAUAAUCUUCAUGGUGGGUCGGGGAUACCUGUCGCCCGACAUCAGCAAGCUGGGCGCCACCUCCCCCAAGUCCAUGAAGAGGCUCAUUAUCGACUGUCUGAAGUUCAAACGAGACGAGAGGCCCCUGUUCCCACAGAUCCUGGUGGCGAUGGAGCAGGUGCAGGACCUGCUGCCCAAGAUCGAGCGCAGCGCGUCGGAGCCUUCGCUGCACCGGGCGGUGCACGCGGAGGACCUCAACCCCGAGCUCUUCAACACCACCCGCUUCAUGCCGCUCUGAGUCCUCCCCGUCGGCACCGCCCCCUUCCUCCACCCGCAGAGGGCCGGAGCCCAUCCCUUCAUCGCUGCACAUGGUGAUUACCCUGUCCUCCUCCUCCACCACCACCACCACCUCCGUCACGUCAACACCGCCCCCCCGCCCCGACCCCUGACUCGGCCCGCUCUGAAAGAGGGUGGUCGCUUUGAACUUCUCGUUUUGAGUAUUUUUUGUUUUGUUCGUUUUCUUUUUUUUCUCGCUCCCAUCGAGUCAGCGAUGCUCGCCGCCGCCGGUUUCACGAGCGCCGACGCCGGCAGGGUCGCCGUACAUACACACUCCGCAGCCCCCCCCCCUCCUCCCCGCGCGGUCGGAGGAAUCGAACCGCGUUCCCGCCCAGCUCUGCACUCCACUGAGGGCUCAGCCCGCACACAUUCCAGUAACACCAGUACUGGUCCCCUUAAUACCAGUACUGGUCCACUUAAUACUAGUACUGGUCCACUCUCUCCCCCACCCCUUUUUAAAUUCCAUCUUCUCCAGAGCUUUCUGAACCGGGACCACCGGGACCAACUUGGGUUUCUCUCUUGAGAAAUGUUCUUUCAAAGUAAUGGUCCCUUGUUUGUAUUUAUUGUCCUGUCGCCACGACGCAACGCAGGUAACGCCCGUAGUUAGACGCCGUCUUGGUAACACGUUUAGUAGCUGCUAUUGGCCAGUGAGGACAAAACCAAACCAGGAUGCCUUGGAACCGGACCGUCUGACUCCAGGGCUGGAGUCGCUGCACUGCCGCGGGACCACACACAGACAUGCACACACACACUGUUGUACUGUACCUGCUGGGAAGUCUGGGGCGCGUUAGUGAGCAGUCUUUUGAACACUUUCAACGUUUAGGAACAACCCUUUUGGAUGCUUUCACAGAACAGGAGUAGAGGGAUUGGGUAAUGAGUGGGUUCAGCACAAAAUGGUCUUCAUCCUCUGCACAGUCAAAGUUAUUGCUUUUUAGUUUUUUAAGUUUUCAUUGAUUUUAUCAGGAAAGGGCCUUUUUCUCAACUGGAUGACCCUGAUAACUCAUCAUUAUAAGGAGCAGAUAUUGAACCUUUUUAAACGGUUGGUUUAAAAAUGUGCAAUAACGUUUUGGCUACCUCCUUUUGACCGCAGAUGAACAUUUUACACAGGCAGAGUAAUAUAUAGACGGAUUGCUACUUUUAUAUCUAAUAAAAAAGUAUUUAAUGCAUUUGAAACCUAGUCUGAGGGACUAAUACAUUCUGAAUAAACUAGUACAUUCGAUACCUUUCUUCCAAUAUUGUGUAAAGCAUGGUUUUCAGGAAGGAACGCGUUGAGAACGAAAGCACACGUGCAGUUCAGGCACGUCAAACUAGGGUCUGAACAGCUUCACCAGUUCUACACAGAGAAUCAAACCCAACCUCUUCUUUGAACCCCGUCCGACUGUUAAGGCGGUCCCACGUUGAGGGUCACGCUCCCGGGCCCGCGAUACGGACUGCGCUCUGCGGGGGCUCUCGUUCUUCGGUCUAAGCUCAAGUGUCUCCAAAAAGCGGCCUUUCCGAACCUCAGGAUGUGGCGGGAGUACAGGACACGCGUCGGAGCACAGCAGCCCUGGAGUGGGGGUGGGGGCUGACCUCUGACCUCUCCCUCUGAGGGGUACGCUGUUCAUCGAGGGCUUGGGAGUAACCGUUGUGUCCACAUGACUCGUUCCUUAAGACUACGACACAACUAGAGUGUGACGCCUGUUCUAAACCAGACGUUGAAACACGCCCGUUCUGUCCGGCUUAGCGACACACGGAAGACAAACCCACGGUUUUGAACCAGUCCCUCGUUGCAGAGGGAUGUUCAAUGGGGCUUUCCACCGUGUGGUCUCUGUGCGUGUGGUGGCUCGCUUAUCACUUCUCCACUGCUUCGCUGAAGGUCUCGGCGUCUCGUCCUGUUUUGGGUUGUGUUGAGACAUUGUACGAUUGUUGAUUUGGGGCGGGGGGGGGGGGGCGUCAGACUGUUAUAAACUAAUAUAAGCCAUAUUAACUUUCCUACUAAGGGUUUUAAUCAGUCAGAUCUGGGGGACGGUUGAGGGUUUCAUUUUAAGAGCGCCAUGGAUCUGCCAGCAGGGCCUUCUUUCACCAGCUUGCGACAUGGCAUCAGGGGUCUCUGGUGGUUCUUCGAGGACACACUCCCUCCCCCAGCUCCGCUUGAAGACCUCAGAGCCCGGGGCUGAAAGACACCCGUCACUGUAGUCCAGCUGCUGCUGCUAACCACCAUAGGGAACCAUGCAUUCAGGUCACAGCGAAUUGCCGUGAAAACACUUUAACUCUGGUCCAAUGUGUGUGUGUGUGUGCUGGUAACGCGUUGGUUAGGAGGGUUGCGUGUGUGUGCGUGUUCUGUGAACCUGGCGGGGAUUUCUGUUCCUUAUCGUACGUACUGUGGGCGCCAAGAGGUCACUGAGAUGAGACCAAGAUGUCGACAUGAGGUGACCACAAUGUCAACAUGAUGUCACCACGAUGUGACAAGGAUGACACCAUGAUGUCACCACGAUGUGACAAGGAUGACACCAUGAUGUCAUCACGAUGUCCCCAAGAUGAGACCAUGAUGUUCCCAUGUUGUGAAGACUCGAUGCUCACUCACCAUAGCUCAGAGCUUUUCCUCCUUGUGUUUUUAGCCCUAGAGGAGGUGGAUACGGGCUGAGGGGCUGGGCCCCUCACGGCCCGCUAUACUCAUUCCAGUCAUGGGGGGUCCUUGGUCCGGGGUGGAAGGUUUCCCGGGGUCGGGCUCCCCACCUUUCAGUUAUUUAUUGAUGUCUGUGCAAAACAUUUUCAAUCUGCAAUCAUGGAUCUCUUGAGGUGGAUCAAUGUUUACUCGAGGGAGAGCGCUCUGCAAAAAUGUAAAAGCCAUGUUUGGGGAACCGUUUCUUUGUGGCACGGUACUGUCCGGCCCUGCUUGGCUCGAACCCCCGCUCCUCCGGGAACAGGGCUCGUUUGAAACAUCUAGGGACGGGUCGGACCUCAGUAGGGACGCUGGUUUUAAUAGUCGCUCAUACGGUUUUACUAUGUGUCUCCCUCACCAUCUACCAUAUAUUAAACACAGUAACGGAGAUUAACCUAAUUUAAAAGGAGGAGACCCAAGGUGGACUUGUGAGGUUGUACGGUGUAUAGACUGAGGGCACUGGAGAACCACAGAUCUUCACAAACUGACCCCACUCUGAGGUUCUUCAGAAGGACGAGGCUUUUAUUGUUCCUGGUUUUAAAUUUGUAGUCCCAGGUUAGGGGUGCUUAUGGACUACAUAUCCCAUGAAAUUAUCCUAAUCAGUGCUUUCUCAUUUUCCCUGAGGGGGACUGCCAUUGGCUGAGAGCGCCAUGGUGGAGGCUCGCUAUAGGUUGAGUUUUGGAUGCAUUGCCUGCAUGUCGGCCCCUCUCCUAAGAGGACGACAGCGUUCUAACACCCUGUCUAGAGGGGAUGGACAGGUUGCUACGGUUACUUAAACAAUGUCCACCUGAGAAGAUGGCCACGCCCCUAUCCGAUGCCCGAGCUCGCCCCCCCCCCCCCCCCCCUCUUUGAAACGGACCGCAGCACAAAGUAUCACGUUCACGGUUUGCUCGUGGACGCCCUGCACGGCGCGGGAAUCUCACUCGCAACCCAACGGCUGUCUAUUUCAGAGAGGCAAGAGUAGGAGUUAUAUUGGAAUAGGGUUCUUUCUGCAUAUCUUUUAGGUGAAUUGCAAUUAACUGUCUAUAGUUUUCUGAUGUUUCAGGGGUGUUCAGUUUGCAAUAAAUGGUGUAUCCUGCUCUGUACAGUUACUUUUUUAAUUAAAAUGUACUUGUUUCUAUUUUUUUGUGUGACGGUUUCAAGAGAAAAAAAAGAACAAUUAUUUUAAAUGUAAAGGAAAUCUUAGUAUUUUUUUAGUUUUUUUUUUUUUGUCUUAAAAUAUUGAUGAUGCAGGAUUCUUUAAAUAAAACUGUGGAAUACUAAAGAUGAGUUUGGUCGUUUCUCCUUCCUUAUUUUUCAUAAAUCCUUUUGCCUUUCCCUCGUCUCUCUAACUAAGCAAAGUGUUUUGAACCUGCGCUGGAACCCCGGCCUGUGGUUUCGGAGCGCUUUGUGGGAAGGAGGAAGUGGUUUCAGUCACAGCCGUGCAGAUGAGCCAUGUAACCAGCGGCCGGAAACAGCUCGGCAUGCAUGUGUUGCAGCCAUAUCGGUUAGUUUGGUGGGUGAACCUUCGAAGAGCCUUUGUUUCUGUGACGGUUGCCUCCCAACUCACCAAUGCGCCGCAAGGGGAAUGAGGUGUAUAUAAUGACGUCCACACCAACCUUUUGAUUAAUUAUAUCUGAUAUUUAUUUGGCUCUUUGAUUUUUGUAAGAGGAUCAUUUGAGACAUGUUGCAUACUUUUGGUAUUGUUUCCAACAUAAAUACAUUUUCUUUGGUUCAUUUACAAUAAAGAUUUUUAUGAAAGAAAAACAAUGAAGAAAUUAAAAUAUGGUGGUUUGAGAAGACA